GUAUCAUUCAUAGGUGAUGGGUACUUUGAAGGUGUUGGCGUCGGGAUGCUGCUUCCAGGACGUCGCUUCCUUCUCUCUGAUGAGCCGCACGACCGCAGAGACUUCUUUCCACCAUUUCUGCGAGAAGUUUUCCGAGGGCCUCUGGGACACUUGGGUGAAACUCCCGGGCGGGGAUGAAUUCAAGAAGAACACCCACACCGGCAAGGAGGGCUACACGUCGCUGGUGGUGGAGUGCACGUGCGACCAUUCUGGCCGCAUCAUCGCGGCAACCAAGACUUACCCGGGAGCCGAGAACGACAAGACGGUCAUCGCACGGGACAAGUCCAUCUGGCGAAUACGAGAUGAGGAGCCGUGGAAGAGCUAUUAUACAAGGGCGUGGAUCAUCGUGGACGGGGGGUACCCGAAGUCCUUGGAGACAGAUCACGUUGUUUCGACACAAGUUCGCAUUAAACCAACACCCGAUAGUCAUUUUCGGUCUGCCGUAUCACACAUCCCGCUUCUGAUCCCACCGAUCAAGACGCACAACACCGUCGAGGAGCACGAUUGGAGCAGGCGGUUGGAGAGCAUGCGCAAGGACAUCGAGUGUUGCUUCGGCAGAGUCAAGGGGCGCUGGAGGCUUUUCGGUGGUGACAUGUUGUUCUCCACACGACAGAAGGUUGACAACGCGUGGUUCACCGCGUGCAUCCUCCACAACAUGCUCCACAGCUUCAACCGCCUCGACGAGAUGGAGGAGGACGGCGUUUGGGUGGGGUCGGCAGGGAGGUUGGGGGAGGCGACGGCAGUGGCGGCGGCCAUGGACGUGGACGAGGAAAGCGAGGCUCCGACUCCCGGCUUCGAAGAGUUUCGCAGGGAGUGGGAGAAAAAGGAGAUUUUGUGGUUUAAGAGGGCGGAGGUUUAG